UGUUGGAUGCUCGAGGAUCUUAAAUCUCUCUGCGAGCACGCUGGCUGUAAAAAGCAGUGGAAGGAAAAGUGAAGCAGGAAACAGGAAAAUACUAAAAGAUUAGGCAGAGGAUUGGAUUAUUGAUUAUUAUCAGUUCACUUCAUUGAAGGUUGUGUUGUGGCAGGACAUUCCCUGGCUAUAGGGCACGAGCUGCCAUGCCAUUUGGUUGUCUGACACUCGGGGAGAAGAAGGAUUACAGCAAUCCCUCAGAGGUGGCCGACAAAUAUGACCUCGGACAAAUCGUCAAGUCGGAGGAGUUCUGUGAGAUAUUCCGGGCAAAGGACAGGAACACCUUGAAAAUGUACACCUGUAAAAAGUUCCACAAAAAGGAUGGAAGGAAAGUGAGGAAAGCGGCCAAGAAUGAGAUAAUGAUCUUAAAGAUGGUAAAACAUCAUAACAUCCUCCAGCUGGUGGACACUUUUGAAACCAAGAAAGAGUACUUCAUUUUUCUGGAGCUCGCCACAGGCAGAGAGGUGUUUGACUGGAUCUUAGAUCAAGGAUACUACUCCGAAAGGGACACCAGCAAUGUGAUGAGGCAGGUGUUGGAGGCUGUAGCUUACCUGCACUCUCUGAAAAUCGUCCACAGAAAUCUUAAGCUGGAGAAUUUGGUGUACUUUAAUCGUCUGAAGCACUCCAAAAUCGUUAUCAGUGACUUCCAGUUGGCAAAACUGGACAGUGGACUCAAUAAGGACCCAUGUGGUACUCCAGAAUAUCUUGCUCCUGAGGUGGUGGGGAGGCAGAGAUAUGGACGACCUGUGGACUGUUGGGCCAUCGGUGUCACCAUGUAUAUACUUUUGUCUGGAAACCCUCCUUUCUAUGAUGAUGCAGAUGAAGAUGAUGAUCGUGAUAAGAAUCUUUUCCUGAAGAUUUUGUCAGGCGACUAUGAAUUUGAUUCACCAUAUUGGGACGACAUUUCAGAUUCUGCCAAAAAUUUAGUGGCAUCUUUGAUGGAAGUGGACCAAGAUCAGCGAUUGACUGCACAGGAAGCCAUUGCCCAUGAAUGGAUUUCUGGAAAUGGCGCCUCAGACAAGAACAUCAAGGAUGGCGUUUGUGCACAAAUAGAAAAGAACUUUGCCAAAGCCAAGUGGAAGAAAGCUGUUCGUGUGACCACCCUCAUGAAGAGACUGCGGGCGUCUGAGCAGGGGGAUUCUGGGGCCUCUGGUGUUGCUGCAGGCGGAGCAGCCGACCCCAACACGCCCAGCGGCGCUCCUGCUCCUCCAGCUGGCGGCAGCGACGGUGUUGCCGCCACUAUAAAGGCUGCUCUUAGUGAAAAGGCUCCUGACACACAGACUGCCAGCAUCCCGCCACUCUCCUUGCCCAGCGCAGCCAGACAGGAGGAGCAGCCACAGGCUCGGUGCAACGGCGACGCUCCCCAAAUGUUGCCACAAAGAAAGGGAGACUAGGCGCCAAACGAGUACGAGAAGAGGACCCUUGCCAACCAACAAGCACAUGUGCAGUAGAGCCAAUAACUUUGGCAUGAUAAUACCAUGUCUAUGCUGUUCGACUACCCCCCAGUUUGCAGAGUUAUUUCACGACAUCAUGCAUUCGAUCAUUUUUGCCUUCUGUAUUGAUUGGUCUAUUGAAUAGUGUUCUCCACUCUCCCUUGUUAUUUUGUGUAGAAGUCCCUUUAAAGCUAGUUGCAAAGUAGCUCUUCUGUUGUUUCCUUUUCCCUGAAAACUGUAAAAACUCAUAGUGUAAUUUAGUGAAACCAUCUUUAUUCAUCAGCUCAUUGUAUAUAGGUGUAAUUGUCUGUUUUCGAAAAAUUGCUAGUUUUCAGCUUCAGAACUUACAAACCUGAGUUCCUGUCUUGUGACUUAAAAUUAUGAGUUGAACGAUUUGGUUAAUUGACCAUAACAAGAUUUUAAAUUAUGUUUAUUGCAUGUGUAUUUGAGUUAACUUUUCAGAAACCAUGCAACUGAUUGGAAUACAUUUAUUGUAAAACAUAAUUACAGCUUUUAUAAUGGUAAAAUACCAAUUUUACACAGAUGACUGUCUUUAAAAUAUUUGUUCAAGUUAUUGUAACAAUCAGGAAAAAAAAUCAUAAAUUAGUGGAUUCAACUUAACACUCUUCUUCGGUGCAGUACAACUUCAGUCAGCUUAUAAUUUUAAGGGAGCAAGAAAGCAUAUUUUUAAGUUGAAGUGCCUUAAUAUUUGUUGCAGUAAUGUACUGAAAUGUUUCAAAAGAAACAACUUGAUUAUAAUUACUUACAGAUUUCUUUGAAAUGUUUUAGCUGUUUUCCUUUGCCCUUCUGUUUAGUUUUACGCUGCUGUAUUGAUACUUGUGUUCAGUCCUCCUUCACACUUCGAUUAAAAAACAGAAAACUAAAUUUAGAGCGUUGUAUGUGGAGUGAUGUUUUAGCUGUUGUUGUUGUGUUGUCACUUGUAAUAAGUAAAUUUCAGAGUUUAUAGCUGAGUCCAUAUACUGUACCACUAUGUAUUUUUGCAUUGUAUACAUGUGUAUUUUUUUAUUUAUGUGUGUAUUUAGCAACAUUUAGCUGAGCUAACGGGUUGCUACAACGCUUGUGAAUGAAUAAAAUGAGCCAUACUGA